AUGCUUGCACUGGGAAGCUGCCUGAGGAAGGUGCUGGCCCCACGGGCGCUGGCGACUCAGGUGUGCUCAUCCUUUGCCACUGACCGAAGACAAACCGAAGGAACAUUUUAUGAAUUUUGUACUUAUUAUCUUAAACCCUCCAAGAUGAAGGAGUUCCUGCAAAAUUUUAAGAAAAAUGUUCAUCUUCGAACAGCUCACUCUGAACUGGUUGGAUAUUGGAGUGUAGAAUUUGGAGGCAGAAUAAACAGAGUAUUUCAUAUUUGGAAGUAUGAUAAUUUUGCUCAUCGAACUGCAGUUUACAAAGCCUUGGCCAAAGAUAGAGAGUGGCAAGAACGAUUCCUCAUUCCAAACUUGACUUUCAUUGAUAAACAAGAGAGUGAAAUUGCCUAUCUAGUACCAUGGUGCAAAUUAAGAAAGCCUCCCAAGGAAGGAGUCUAUGAACUUGCUACUUUUCUUAUGAAACCUGGUGGCCCAGCUCUAUGGGGUGAUGCAUUUAAAAGAGCAGUAAAUGCCCAUGCCAAUCAAGGAUACACUACAUUAAUUGGUGUGUUCCAUUCAGAAUAUGGAACACUCAACAGAGUUCACAUUCUCUGGUGGAUUGAGAAUGCCGACAUUCGCGCAGCUGGGAGACAAAGGUCUCAUGAUGACCACAGCGUCGUGUCUACUGUUCGGGAAAGUGUCAACUACCUUGAUAUUCAGCAGAAUAUGUUCCUAAUUCCUGAACCAUUUUCACCAUUGAAAUAG